AUGCGCCGUUGCAUCUCUCCAGCUUGCCCGGGUCACGCUGAACCCAUCCUGCCUCCCAAAGUCUCACGGAGUCCACACUUUCCCCUCCCAUCAUUCCUCCAACGGCUGUCUUGUUCUAGAACCGUGUACACCCCCGUCCAUCCCUCUCCGCCGCUUGUCUAUUUAUCGUCUCACCCGCAUCCGCGUCUCAUCCUCGCCUUCUCUUCUCCUCCUUUUCGCCGCCCAAGGCAGUGGCAGGCGCAGCUGCGCGGAUGGAGCAAGGGGGGGGACUGCGCGCAGGUGGAGGGCGUGCGCUGCAAUGCGGCAGGUUUCAUCGUCUCCCUGUGCGCCCCGCACACUUCCCCCGCCCCCUUCCCCUCCCCGCUCUCUCUCUCCCCGUCCCCUCUCUCUCCGUUCCCUCUCUCCCCGCCCACUCUCUCCCCGCCCACUCUCUCCCCGCCCCCUCUCUCCCCGCCCCCUCUCUUCCCACCCCCUCUCUUCCCGCCCACUCUCUCCCCGCCCACUCUCUCCCCGCCCCCUCUCUCCCCGCCCCCUCUCUUCCCACCCCCUCUCUUCCCACCCCCUCUCUCCCCGCCUCUAUUUCCCGGCCCCCUCUCUCCCAUGCAUGCUGGUCCAUGCUUGGUGGACCAUGCCUGCUGGACCAUGCCCCCUAUGUUCCCCAUGGCCCCCAUGUCCCCCCAUGCCCCCCCCCUGUCCCCCAUGUCCCCCGCGCCCCCCCAUGCCCCCCAUGCCCCCCAUGCCCAUCAUGCCCCCCAUGCCCCCCCAUGCCCCCCCAUGCUCCCCAUGCCCUUUACCCCAUGUCCCCAUGCCCCCCAUGUCCCCCAUGCCCCCCACCCCAUGCCCCCCACCCCAUGCCCCCCACCCCAUGCCCCCCACUCCAUGCCCCCCACCCCAUGCCCCCCACCCCAUGCCCCCCAUGCCCCCCAUGCCCCCCAUGACCCCCAUGCCCCCCAUGCACUUUACCCCAUGCCCCCCAUGGCCCCCAUGCCCCCCAUGCCCCCCAUGCCCCCCCCAUGCCCCCCAUGA